GCACGUCAGUGCUGACCCGGAAGUGUACAUCUCAAUGUGACUUCCCAGUUUGGCAAAUACAGUAGACUAAUGCUUUAUUAUUACGUACUAAACAACAGGUCUUGCUAAUUUUUUGGUCAAAAAUGUUCCUUACUUCUGUAAACUUGGCCAAGGCAAAAUCAAAGAGCAUCCUGGUGCAGAUGCUGAGUGCUGCGGGGUCAGGCUACGUCUUCAACACAAAGAGAAGCCGUAUCAAAGAUAAACUGGUACUCCUCAGACAUGAUCCAAUUGUGAACAAGCAUGUCCUGUUCUUUGAGAAGAAGAAGAUCAAAUCCAUCUAAACAUGAAGUGGAAUAUAUGGACAGUUAAUCUGCACUAUUUCAAACUGACAUUGUCAUAUUUGUAGGCUGGAAGAGAAGAUGUGUUCGUCUGCGCUGGGUUUUAUACGACCACUCUUCCCCGCGACACCUGACUCCAAAAAUAAAAGCACCACAAAAGAUGUUAAUGUAACAUUUUUAUUCACUUGGUGUGCCAUCACCACCAGUCAUGCUUUUAUUGUUCAACAUUAGAGUAAGUCACUUCAUUGCCUAUAAAUCUCACCAUGCUACAAGUAAAACUAUUCAAAUGAA